CCUACAGAUCCAGAUGAUCCUCUUGCAGAUCAGAACAUUAAAGAUCGCUACUAUGGUAUAAAUGAUCCUGUGGCUGACAAGCUCCUCAAGCGAGCUUCUACAAUGCCUCGUCUGGACCCCCCUGAUGACAAGACAAUUACCACACUGUAUGUCGGUGGUCUGGGCGAUACUAUCACUGAGUCUGACCUUAGGAAUCACUUCUAUCAGUUUGGUGAGAUUCGGACAAUAACAGUGGUCCAGAGGCAGCAGUGUGCAUUUAUCCAGUUUGCUACCCGACAAGCUGCUGAAGUAGCAGCAGAAAAAUCCUUCAACAAACUCAUUGUGAAUGGUCGCAGGCUUAAUGUGAAGUGGGGCAGAUCUCAAGCAGCGAGGGGGAAAGAGAAGGAACGAGAAGGGAUUACAGAAUCUGGUCUAAAACUGGAACCAGUUCCUGGUCUACCUGGAGCUCUUCCACCUCCUCCUGCAGCAGACGAGGAAGCGGCUUCUGCAAACUAUUUCAAUCUAUCUCCUAGUGGCCCUCCAGCUGUUGUAAACAUUGCCCUUCCGCCACCUCCUGGCAUCGCGCCACCGCCACCCCCAGGAUUUGGGCCACACAUGUUCCAUGCGAUGGGACCUCCACCUCCUUUUAUGAGGGCUCCAGGCCCCAUACAUUAUCCUUCUCAAGAUCCACAAAGAAUGGGUGCACAUGCGGGAAAACACAGCAAUCCUUAACCCCACUGACUCCUUUCUUAUUUUUCUUUGGACAAGACAUUUAAAUUUGUGGCAUAUCACAGUUACAAUAAAUCUCCCUUGUUUCUGUGCACCCA